AUUUAAAAACGUAGAAACAAAAAAAUUAUCGUUGAACCUAAAGAAAUACCAGUUAAAAUAUUACACGUAAAAGACUCUUUAUUUAUAGCCAAACAAAACAUAUGCAACUUCAAUUUCCUUCCGAUGUGGGAUACCAAAUGCAACAACACAUACAUCAUCAGUCACUCAUCACAAACUUGACAUUGCAACUUCCUUCCGAACAAUGCAACAAACACAUACUUCCUCAAUUGAUUUUUAAAAAUAUACAAAUUUAAACUAAUAGAAAUGGUAGGGGCUGCGCGAACGCAAACCCCCUCUGCCACAAAUAAUGACGCAGGCUCUUCCUCAUGGGAAGACCUUAAGCUAAGCACCCCUCCGUUAUGUGCAAUGGAGGUCACUAGCUUAGGCCACUCGUCUUCUUGAUCACAAGUUGACCCCGUCCAGGUAAGUGAUUUGAUCUUACCCACCACUACUCUAUUUAUACCCACGCUUCCUCAGUCAUUACUUCGGGUCUAUCCGAUGUGGGACUUUUUAUAGUUUUACGAGUUUUGCUUAUUUUUAAUUGAAGUAAGUAUUAAAAUGAGUCACGAAGACAGUUAUGCUCUCUCACCAACACUUCACGUAAUUAACUCCAAUCUCUCUCCCACCUUCACCAUCACCACAACACUAUUCUCUCGCCGGAGAUUUAUACUAUACAGUGCAUAAACUCACCCUAGUUUCGCCGGAGAUCUCUCAAACCCGUUGGAGAAAUCGAUAUUUCAUUACUAUACAAAUCACAUUCAUAACUGAGGCGAUGUUGAUUUCUCAAUGUCGGAGAUGACUGCUGCGAUUUCGCCGUCUAGUUUCAAUGCUAAUGGUAAACAGAACAAACCGCCGUUGUUUUCAUCGGAAUCGCCACAUCGCCGACCGAAAUCACGAGAUGUGCCGUCGCGGUACCUUGGUGGUGCUUCCUCUUUUUCGUCGUCGUCGGUGUUUAACCAAUCGUCACCGUCCUCGGUUAAGAGAUGUCAAUCGCCGGUUGUUACUCGACCGGUGAAUCCGUCGGUUGCUUUAAAUCGGUCGAAAUCAACACCGCGUCGUGAGCCAUUAGAUCGACGAGGUAGUGGUGGUAGUGGUGGAGAGGUUUCUUCAGCGCAGAGAAUGUUGUUGACUUCUGGGAGAAGCUUGUUUGCUUCGUUUCAGGCGGAUUCGUUUACAGGGAAUUCAUCGCCGAUUACUCCAGUAGAGAAGAAGAAGAAGAAGAAGACGAUUUCGACGGCAACAGCAUCUAGGAGUGGUGGUGGAUCGAAGUUGAAGGUAUCUGAGCAAUGGCCUAGGUCUUUACAACCUAGUUGUUUGAGUAGAAGUUUGGACUUUACAGAUACUAGGAAGAAACUGAACGGAUCUGGUAAUGGUGUAGCUAGAGCUCUGCAGAACUCCAUGGUGAAUAAUAGACCAAUGACGAGAGAUUCAUUGAGUGUUGAUUUAGAGACUGAGAGUGUUUCUUCUGGAAGCUCUAAUGGAAGAGUGAAAAUGUUACCAGCUCGUGGCAGUAGAGUUUCGCAAUUGACUAGUAAUCGGUUGCAGCAGCCACGGUUAGAGCCUGGCUUACUGGUUGCGAAAUCUAAUGGAGUGAGGAAGAUAUCUGUGGAUAGUCAUGUAUUGUCCCCAAAAGGAAGCCAAUUGUUUCCAAAAAGUGAGCAGAUUCGACCUGCUUCACCUGGAAAAUUUGGUAUGACUGCAGCUUUGUCGAGUCCGAGAGGAACCAGCAUUGCUAGAGGAAUAAGCCCUUCGAGAGGCGUUGUUCCUACAAGAGGGAUGAGUCCUUCAGGCAGGAUGAGCCCACUAAGAGUGAGAAGCUCGCUGAGUAAAAACAUGCCUUUGGGUCUGAAUUUUGCUGUGGAUGUUAAAGAAAAGAUCAGAGAUAAUGGGGCUAUUGAUGCUCACUUGUUGAAGGUAUUACACAAUAGGGUGCUGCAAUGGCGAUUUUCGAAUGCACGAGCAAAUGAUGUUAUCUCUGCACAAAAGAUUAAAGCGGAGAGAAGACUGUACAAUGCAUGGAUAAGUAUCUCUAAGAUGUAUGAUUCUGUUAGAGCAAAAAGAAUUGCAUUGCAGAACCUGAAGCAGAAUUUGAAACUUAUAUCUAUCCUCAAUAGGCAGAUGGGAUAUCUAGAAGAGUGGUUGGUUAUGGACCGGGAUCAUAUGGGUUCCUUAGUAGGAGCUGUUGAAGCGUUGAAAGGCAGCACACUUUGUCUACCUGUUGACUGCGGCGCCAUGGUAAACGUACAAAGUGUUAAGGAUGCCAUUUGCUCAGCAGUUGAUGUUAUGCAGGCAAUGGCAUCUUCCAUAUGCUUGUUGCUGCCAAAGGUUGGAAAAAUAAGCAUCUUGGCAGCAGAACUUGGCAGUGUAAAUGUCAAGGAGGAAGGGAUGCUCGACGCGUGUCGAGACCUUCUAAACACAAUCUCAGCUCUGCAGGUUACAGAAUGCAGUUUGAGGACACAGAUUACACAGCUACGAUAGUAAAGUGCCCAAGUUAACAAAACGAGUAAAGUAAGUAAGAAAGCUACUCAUAAUGGUCAAUUUUUGAGUUAUGAGAAUGUAAGAAGAUCAUCUAAUUUUAUAUAGAGAGGCCAAUUCAAUUUAUAGUUUAACAACAACAACAAGUCAGAUUGUAAAUAUUCAAGUCGUGUUUUAAUCAAAUUUAAUUUGGUUAA